CCAGCUGCUGCAGUCUGAAACUGGCAAUGUGGGAACAUCGCGGGGAGAAACCCAAAUCUCACCCCGGAUUCAUUCUACUUUAAAAGCACAUCGGAACCCCGAACCGGAAGUUUGCGCAGCUCGUAGAUCCAGCCCUCUGUCCCCGUGUCAGUUCCGAAUCCGGACCAGCUGGAGACCUUUUCUGAUCUCGCUCGUGGGGAAGACUGCACGGUGCUCAGCCUGUCUGCCAUGGUCUCGGCUCCUCCACUCUGCAGCAGUGUGCACGACUGGGUCAGCAACGAUCACAUCCGGAUGUGUGGGAUCAAUGAGGAAAGCAGGAGAGCGUCCUUCACAGAAGAGGAUUCAACUAACACAGCCUCACAGCGAACAGUUGUGAAGGAAUGUUGUGUUACCAGCACUCUUACGCAGGAUGACUCCCCUCAGGUGAACAAUGGCGAUGGAAGCACUGUUAACAAAGAAGUCAGUGCUUCUAAAGAGGUUCCGGAGAGCAUCACUGGGGAUCCACCACCAGACACCCCAUCCUCAGAGCUCACACAGGAGAAGCAGGCCACACCCUCUGAUCCAUCGAGCCAGCAGCCAGAGCCGGACAGCUCUCAGAACUCCAGAAGUCCAGAUGUAAUUCACAAGGACAGCAGGUUAACAACGUUCUCUGAAGCCCUUCCUGUCCAGCUACAGAACUGCACCUCCUCAUCUUACCGCUCCCCCGUCAACAGAGCACUUUACCAGAAAGCUGAAGCUCCCAAACCAAGCUUGGAUGGAGAUGCAUCCUUUCUGGGGCAGCCAUGGCCCCGUCGGAAAGUGGACGGUUCGGCUUUGCCUCUGAACCCGAGCUUGAACGCAGCCAACCCUGCAAAGAGAAUUAAUCUACCAGCAGCCCAGGCCCAGCCAUUGGUUAAUCUUCCACCAGCAUUUCAAUGCCCUCCGGUUUUUAACCAAGGCCAACCCCUGGCCUUUCUUCCGUCUACAAACUAUGUACCCCCUCUGUGUAAGGUGACACUGCCUGCCACUUUGAGCCCCAUAGCAGCGUUAAGAGAAGCAACAGCAUCCCAGUUCAUGCUAGACCGACAGCACCACAACUCGAGUCCCAGCAUGACGACGCAGCUGCGAUCCUAUCCUUACCAUUUCUCUGUGAGCAGAACCCUCUCUGUCAAUCCCAAAUCCCCUUCCAGUAAUGACAAGCCUCUGUGUAGCCACUCUCCCUCCAGCUCUGCAUCUAGCAGCAAGCAUUCCAAACCUGCCACAGAGUUCUACUCCCCUCCUGUUUCUGUGGCGUCAUCCAUAGCGCUUCCUUUGAAGCAGCCCAUGUUGGCUUCUGCCCCCCCUCCUCUUCCUCUGUCUUCUAAUUCUCCGAUCUGCUACUGCCCUACCAGCACCCUCACUUUGACCAGCCUGCCGAGCCAUGUAGAACACAGGCCCCUACAACACUGUGUUGAUAAACCCUCCCUGGCCUAUACUCGGUUGCAAUCUCCACCUCGUCUUGAGGAACAGACAGUUGUCCCUCCGCCUGAAUCCAGGGACCUGCCUCUUGACUUGUCUGCCAAGUCCAAGCGUUCGAAGACGCCAAAAGACCUUCGGAAGACCCCGCCAAUGCCAGUGCUGACCCCAGCAGAGGGUGGCAGGAGCGAUUCCGCAUUUGUGAAGCGAUUACCUCAAAGCCACACCGCCAGUUUGGGUGUAGCACCUCCUUUUGUGGUCUUUCCGGACUUCUUAAGAAACGGUGGUGCUCUUCCAAAGAAGUCUGGGGACCGUCUGACUUCCCAGUCACUGGAAGCCUCUGGAUCCUGGGCUAAGAACCCUCUACAGAGCUCCAUCAGUGCUGUACCAGGAACUUACGUUGGGGUGGCUAACCCAGUUCUGGCUUCCACUCUGCGGUGCAAAGACGGCAAAGGUGCUUUUGUGGAUGAUCUCCAUAGCAUCGCAAAACAGGAAACCAUCUCCAUCGUCGACCAAGGAGAGAAGAUGACCUUGGCAUGUGGGGGAAAGAAGACACCCCAUGUGACCAAGGAUGUCCCCCAAAGGUUGGUCUCCAGGAGCCCCAAAAACAAUGGUUUUCCAGCAGGCAAUGUACCGAGUCCAUCCGACGAUGCAUCUCCGAUAGCCUUAUCGGUUCCCACUGCUUUAUACCCUCAUUGCAAACUCACUAACGGCAAAUCUCUGGGCUCACCGCCACCCCCUGAAGAUAGACCUGUGCUCCAGCAGCCAGCACUCCUGCCUAGCACUUGCAUCUCCUUGGCACAGACAAACCCCAUCCCUGGAGGUCUUAAGGACAGGGUGGCCAGCAGCAGUGAAAACAGCCUUUUGCAAAGCACUCCUCAUCUCGCUGCUCCCUUAAAUUCCCACCAAGGAGCGGAAGAGAAGGGGAAGAAAGUCCGGACCCCCUUGUCCAACCUGGAGUCCAUAGUUAAAAGGAAAUCGAUGGAGAUGACAGGGGCUGCUUGUGGGGAUGAUUGCAAGCAGAUGACUUUAGACUCCAAAAAAACUGACGCAGCCUCCAGCACUGAAAACCAGACCAGAUCUAGAGAAGCAAGCAUAGCGCAUUUGCAUCCCAAAGCAGAGAAAGGAGAUCCUAAGUGUGAUGAGAGACUGACCGAACUCAAACGAGAUAAAGGACAUACUUCAAAUAGUACCCCAGGACAUUUGGCCGGGGAAGGUAAAGGUGAUCCCAAACUUGCAGAGGAGGGCUUAGCUGUCUCUAGAUCGAGUGACCUGACUCUGGACAGCUGUAGCAAGAAGGAGACUGCUGUUGGCAAAUCUCAAAGCCGCCAAGAGCUUGAAGAGUUGGGAGUGAGAGAGGAGGAUCAGAAGUCUAAGGGUCUCUCUCCCUGCAUGAAGCUGGAAGGGAUUGCUUUAUCCAUCUUGAAGGAGCAGUGCGCUGCUGCUGCCGAAGGGGAGAAGAAAAAUGGAACCAAAGAGCCUAGGAAGCCAGCGAAGGUAAAGGGAACAGUCGGCAAAAAGAAAGGACCUGCAUUGAAAAAGCAGGCAGAACAUUCACCCGCCUCGGAGAAGAAGAAAGCAAAGUGCAUUCACAAACUGAAAGAGGAGGGAAGUAAUACCAUGGAACAGGAGCCUCUGCUAAAGAAGCGAAGGAAGAGGAGGGCGUCCGCUUUGGAGGAGAGUGUGGGGGAAACACAAACUGAAGAAGUGAAGAGGAAAAGGAGGAGACGGGGGAGAAUGCCAAAGCUGGGACCUGCAUCGCUGAAGGACACAGGUGGCUGUCCAGGGAACGAGGACCAUGAUCGCACUUUGCAGAAAGAUGUGCACGUGGACUGGCCGGCUAAGGAAGGGGUGCCCGUGGAGACCACCCCCAAGCUGAGGCGUGGCCAGCGGACCACGGCUCACAAAGACCCCAGGAGCCCCUCACCCCUCACCCCCCACCCACGCAAGCCGCCGGAGCGCCCGCGAGCAGCCAGGGGCAGACCUCGAGCCAGCGCGGCUGGGCUGGAGCAGGCAGGGGUGGGGUACGAGAGCGCAGAGGAGAGCCCUGCCAGGAAGAAGAGGAAGAGGCGCAGGAACCGCAAAUACCAGAACGGGGAGUACAUCACCUAUCGGGAUCAGACAGGAGAGGAGGAGGCUGAGCAGAGCGUCGUCACGACCCGGCGAGCGGGGCGAGCAGAUUUCAGGACUCCGCUGCCUGCGUGUUCCCAGCGGAGCGCGGCUCUGUCCUGUAAGUGUUCCAGCCCGGAUCCCAGUCCAGGGAGCAGCUUCAAGACUCGCUCUGCAUCCCUGCGGAGACUUUCCCAGUCUUCCAGCCCCCAGUGCAGGCAGCCAGAGCAUCACUGCGGCGUCGCCGGAAAGGAGCAGACGGAAAAGCCUUUGGGAAAACGAAAGUGCAAAACAAAGCACUUGGGUGAUGCAGAGGAGAAAAAGCUCAAGAUUAAGAGAGGAAGUCCAGUCAAGCACUCUGGCGGGCUGGAACGGGACCGCCCCUCUCCGAGGAAGUCCCGGGACUGCGGCUCCCCCGCUGUGGUCCCCAAAAGCACUUGGUCUCCCCAGCGCGGCAGGAGAAGCAGCGUGGCCAAGGGGGCUGCUCCGGAGACCCCCACGGGCAGGCCUGUCCCGCCAGAGGCACGGCGACUGAUUGUGAACAAGAACGCUGGAGAGACGCUCCUGCAGAGGGCAGCACGGCUCGGAUACCAGGAGGUGGUGCUCUACUGCCUGGAGAAGGAGGUGAGUGAGGUCAAUCACCGUGACAACGCCGGCUACACAGCCCUGCACGAGGCCUGCGCCCGAGGCUGGGUCAGCAUUGUCAGGUUACUGGUGGAGCACGGCGCUGAUGUCAACUGCAGCUCUCAAGAUGGGACAAGACCUAUUCACGAUGCUGUUGCCAACGACAACCUGAAUGUGGUCCAAAUCCUGCUGUCCCACGGGGCUGACCCCACGCUCGCCACAUACUCGGGACAGUCAGCCAUGAAACUGGCCAGCAGCCAGCCCAUGAAAGUGUUUCUGACUGAGUACUUUACAGAUUUACUGGAUCGCAGUGAGGACGAUCCGAACAUCCGCUGGGAUUUCUACAGCAGUUCUGUGUUCGAGACGGACAAGGAGGUGUUCUGGGAUUUCUUACUGACCCCUCCAGCCGAGGAGGAGGAGGAGGAGGAAGAUGAGGACUCGGGCUCCUUCCUGUUUGAGUUCUCACAGGAGCCACUGCUGUCCUGCUACAGCAUCCAGACCUCCAUCUCUCAGAGCUCCUGCAACUGGCUGCUGCUGUCGGACGUUCUGAAGCGACUCAAAGUUUCUGCACGGAUAUUUCGGGCUCGAUACCCUCACUUUGAGAUCACCAGCAUCACAGAGGCAGAGUUUUAUAAACAGGCAUCUGCAAGCCAGCUAACACAGCCACCCAAAGACCUGCAGGAUCCCGUUGAGCUGUUGCGCUGUGUUCCGGACUUGCUUGGGCUGCUGGGCUCCUCCAUACAAAUAUUAAGAGGAGAAGCGGACACAACCAUCAAUACCAACCGAUAAAUUCCUUGUGGUUUAUCAAUUGUGAUUUUUCUUUCCUUUGCUUUGCUGCGUAUCUGGUAAGGGGCAGGGAUCAGGUGUGGCCACCGUUUUUCCUGCAAGGGGGUGGCCGUCAUUCACAGGCUAGAGAAACGUUCUGAUAUUCAGUAUUUAAAAUGAUUUGUAUGAAUUAGAUCGAUCAUUAUACAUACAGUGUUUAAAAAAAAAAAAAAAAAAAAAAAAAAAAAAAAGUUUUUAUCCUCAAGCCAGUGCUCCUCUAAUAGAAUUCUGUUUUGGUUUUGUUUUUUAAAUAAUAUAUUUUUGGUGAAGAUGAUAGCAGAGUUGUUGUUGUUGUUGUUGUUGUGUUAGUUUCCUGAAGUGUUCUUGUUUUCCAAAUUGAUUUGAAUGUUCUCAGAGAGAGAAAGAGAGAGAGGAGGAAGAGGAGGAGGAGGAGGAGUAAUCCCCUGCUUGUUGUCACAAGAAUGAACUGCCCAGGAGUAAGAGCAAGACUAAGCCAGCAUUCACCAGCUGUACAAGCACAAGAAUAGUGAGGGACAAAAAGGCCCAUUAGGCUGUUUGUUUUCCUUAGCAGUUUGUAGAUUGUGUUUGUUUGGUUCAGCCCAUGCCAGCAGUAGACAGUACAGAUGUAGCCUCAAUUGGCAUGCAGGCAUGGUCAGGAAAGCCCUUAACAUUGUAAGCUGUGUAGCAGGGUUUUGAAUUAUUAAAAAUGAAAAUGCUUUACUUGCAAGUUCACAUCCCAGUAGCGCACAAGAUAAUUUCAGGCUAUCACCCGGAAAUCAGGUACUCUGAGUUCAAACGUUUUAACCACUGCUGGCCAGCUCGCGCAUAUCACUUGAUGUUGACGAGUCUAAGAUGUACAGAUGUCAAAAAAAACUGAUUCCAAAUAAAAAGUGCAGUCUUCGCAGGGGUGUAAAUACAGCAGAUGUGAAAGGCCAGAGCUGAAUCUGACUGUAACGGCUGAAUCCUAUACCUUUGGAAGCCUCAUGUAUUGACAUACAGGUCAGAGAAAGGGGUGCUGUAUUAAACAGCAUGGAGCUACAGCGGUGCUGUAUUUUUUAUUUGAUCCUGGUCUUGGUGCAAGUACUGCUAAGUGUUUACCACACUGGCUUUGAGAAUCCUCUCCAUUGUUUUUGCCCUUCAUCCAGGUCUGCCAAAGACUUUUCAAUGAAGCAGGAAGAUACAAGAUUGAAUUACUGGAAACUGUUUAACUGGGAGCUUUUGAGAAAUUGCACAAAAUUAGGAGACGGGCUUGCGCCCCUUCUGAUUUGAACAGAGCCCACGACCGCCCCCCUCCCCCUCUCUCUACCUAGAUGAUGUGCUUAUGCUACAGUCACUGAGAUUUGUUUUAUAAUUUAAAGUAAUACAGCGUUUGUUUCCUUGCUUUAUUUAAUAGAUCUUAUAAUUAUUAUAUUUUCGUGUGUGUGUGUGUGUGUGUGGGAUGAUUUAACAAGAUUGCUCUGUAUGGUUGGGUGCUGUUUAUGAAACAUACCGUGGAAGAUUUUGCUCGGUUGAAGUACUUUUUUUUUUUUUUUUUUUCCCCCGAAGUAUUUUAACAAGCAAGAGUACAGUUUUAUUGUACCCGGUGCUAAAAAAAACAAAACAGAAAACUGAUGUUUUGUGUUUGACAAUCACUUGAAGCUUUCUUUUUGAAGUUAUAUAAAUAAAUAAAUAAUAAGAAAAAAAAAAUAGUAAUUGUGAAUUUAGUUUUCCAGUAUAGGUUAUCCGCCUGUCCGGGGUAGAAAAAAAGAACAGGGCGAAAAUACUUUAAAACCUCGUUAACAAGUAACAGCAGGUGUGUUGCUGAUAAAAGGUAUUAAAAUGAAAACAUUUUAAUUUUUUUUUUUUUUUUUUUUUU